AUGCCAGAUACCAUAGACGAACCGUUAUCAUCCUCGGCAUCAAGGCUAUCCAUUUCCCGGGACCGUCAUGAAGUACGUGAGAUGCUAGGCGAAUUACAACCUCGACGUGACUCUGCGGUCUCGAUGACAUCAGAUAAUGACACUCCGAGCAAACGAAAACGAACACGAAGGGAGUCUUCGAAUGUAAAGGAAAAAGUACACAAGAAGAAAUUGAAAAAGAAGAAUGCUGUACCCAGUCUUGUAUUCGAUUUAAGCAAGGAGAGGCUUCCAGUGAGGAAUAUAAGACCAUUGAUCUUGCAGGUUUUCAAUGUUCCUACAGGUCACAAACAAACGUGGUUAAAAAUCGAGCACAUGGAAAAGAUCAACAAUGUUUGUGUGUGUUUUGUACCUGGUUUGCAGAAUGGCUUAUCAGGGUUGCCAUUUCCAAAUAUCGUUACUAUUGAGACAAUAUUGCCAGGAAGCAAGGACUUUUUGUACAAUCCAUUAGACACAAUUUGCUCACUACCAUUAACCAAAAACGAAAAGAAAGCUAUUCUAGAUAAACUGAAACUGGAAAAAAUCACAAUCAAAGAUUUGCUACUCAGUGAGACGCAAUUGCGUCAAUUGGAAUAUCCAUACAUUGACUCCAUCUCAGGUUGGACCAAAACCAAGCCCCUGCCUACAGAGCAAUCGCGAAUCUUUGCCUUGGAUUGCGAAUUUUGCAAAGCUGAGAACAUUCAAGUAUUGACACGCAUUUCUUUGAUUGAUUUCGAUGGAAAUGUUGUGUUUGAUGAAUUGGUUAAACCGGAGGAAGAAAUAACCGAUUAUGUCACUCGAUAUUCAGGCAUAACCAAGGAGUUGUUACAAGAUGUUAACACCACAAUUGAACAAAUUCAGCAGUUGUUUUUGAAAACUGUUUUUGAGGACGAUAUUCUAGUUGGUCAUUCUUUGGAGUCCGAUUUGCGAGUAAUGAAAGUUAUUCAUGAGAAUAUAGUUGAUACUGCUAUUACGUAUGAACAUGCAAGGGGUCCGCCAUCAAAACCGUCAUUGCGAUGGUUGGCAAAGACUUUUCUUGGAAGGAAUAUCCAAGCCGGGGAGGACAAUGGCGAUGGCCAUUCGUCGAUUGAGGAUGCCAAGACAUGCUUAGAUUUAGUCAAGUUAAAGAUUCAAGAGGGAAGAUGUUUUGGUACAAAUGUGGGGGAGAUCCCCAUUUUUGAGAAGCUAGUGAGUAGUGACUUGAAAUCGUUACUUGUUACUUAUGGGUCACAAUAUUCACAAUUUGUUGAAAAAGUAGAGAUUACUAAUGAUGAUGAAGCGGUGGAAGCUAUGCAAUCCCACACCGCCAAUCUCAGCAUCAUUGAGUUGAAAGACUUAGAAUAUAAUCUUAAAUGGGAUACAUCAUCGACAUACGAUGGCACAUUAGACUAUAAUGUCGAGGGUGCUUACAAAAGGACCAACUCGCGUCUCGAAUCAAUCUACAACACAUUACCAGUAAACACAUUGUUUAUAUUGAUCUCACAACUGUCCAACCCUGCAACGAUGCAAAAGUUGCGCAAGAUACGAGGCAACUUUCAACGGUUGGAAAGAGAGGGUGUAUUGGACUUAUCGCUGUUGCCAAAAGAAGAACUGUGGGACAUUGAAAAAUCAGAUCAACUUGUUGCCGAAACGGCCAAAGCUAGAGAGUCACUAACAUUUAUGAAAUUAAAGGAAUAA